GGUGGUCCCCUCCAGUACUCUGUCCUCCUCCACCCCUGUAUAUAAACCCCCAUCCCCACCACCACCCUCUCCCUCCUUCGCCCGACAUCUCUCUUCCCGUUUCUCUCUCGAUUUCCGAUAACUUAGUUAGCAGCGCCCUACUCCGCCGUCGCCGGAACCCUAAGCGAGCCGUUCCAUCGCCGGCCAUGGUCGACGUCGACCGGAGGAUGGCGGGCCUCACCCCUGCCCACGCUGCGGGCCUCCGCCGCCUCUCCUCCCGCGCCGCCACCGCCCCCUCCACAUCCGCCGCCCGCAAUGGCCUCUUCUCCUUCUCUCCUCUGGCCGAGGCCGUUAUCUCCCACCUCAAGGCUUCCGCCGUCCCCGUCCACCCGGGCCUCUCCGACGCCGAGUUCGCCCGCCUCGAGGCCCAGUUCGGCUUCGCCUUCCCCCCCGACCUCCGCGCUGUCCUCGCCCUCGGCCUCCCCGCCGGCCCCGGAUUCCCCGACUGGCGCUCCCUUCCCCGGCUCCGCACCUCCCUCGACCUCCCUCUCGCCGCUGUCUCCCUCCAGAUCGCCCGCGCCGCCCUCUGGCCCCGCUCCUGGGGUCCCCGCCCUGCUGACCCCGACCGCGCCCUCCGACUCGCCCGCGCCGCCCUCCGCCGCGCCCCCCUCCUCCUUCCCCUCUUCGACCGCUGCUACAUCCCCUGCCGCCCCUGCCUCGCCGGCAACCCCGUCUUCUUCGUCGACGAGUCCCGCCUCUUCUGCUGUGGCUUCGACCUCUCCGACUUCUUCCCCCGCGAGUCCGCCUUCCGCUCCCCCUCUCCUUCCCUCCGCCUCCAUCCGUCCGCCUCCGACGAAUCCCUGCCGUCCACCCGCCGGAGCCUCGACUCCAUCGUCGGCAAGACCCCUCGUUGGAUCGAGUUCUGGAGCGAUGCGGCCGCCUCCGACCGCCGCCGCCGCAACUCCUCCUCCACCACCUCCAUCUCCUCCUACGAGACGGCAUCCUCCUCCUCCUCGCCGCCGCCGCCGGAUCCGGAGCUGUUCGUCGAGAUCCGGCCGCGGCCGAGGCUGCCGGACUGGGUCGAGACCUACCUGGACCGGAUCGGCUCGGUUCUGCGGGAGGGCGGGUGGGACGAAUCGGACGUCCGCGAGAUGGUCGACGUGUCCGCCACCUCCGACUUCUUCGACGACGAUGGCGAGGCCGUGGUGGUCGACACCCAGGCGGUGCUCGAUGCUCUACUCCUCAAGGCCGACCGCUGCUCCGACUCCCUCCGCCGUUCAGGCUGGAGCUCCGACGACGUCUCCGACGCGCUCGGCUUCGAUUUCCGCCGCCAUAGAGAGCCGCGCCGACCGCUGGUGAAGUUACCACCGGAGAUCGCUCUGAAGAUCGAGAAGCUCGCCCAGGCGGUCGCUCGAUCCUGACCGUCCGUUUCCGGAUUCAAAACCGAAUCCUUUCCUUUCCUUUUUUUUUUUUUUUUUUUUGGAAAAAAUCGUGAACGAAACUCUUUUGUAACGCUACAAAGAACUGUAUAAUUCGAGGAAAGAGUAUAGCCACAAAAAAAAAAACGGUGUACAAGUACUAUAUAUAUUUUUAUAUAUGAGGAGGUUAUAAAAAGAUCAAUAAAUAAAUAAAAGUGGGGCAAUAAUGGUAAGGGGAAUAACAUGAAUGAUAUGAUCCAGCGAAGAGCCUGGGUUCAAGCUUUGGUGGUUUCCUUGGGGUUGGUGUGCGUUGGAUUUGUUUGUUUUUUGGGCUAAUGUGUGAGCCUGGAUCGGUGGCUGUGCGUCCUGUCCCUAUUUCUUUGGUUUUAAAUUGCUGUGCAGCAGCUCCUCUGGCACGGCGACCACACGCUCGCGGGCCUCGCCUGAUAUCGA